CUUCAACCUUUCACCACCCGCAGUCAUGUCACCCUUAACAGUCCGCCCAGCAACGCCCGAAGACAUCCCCCAAAUGCUCGCCGUCUUCUUCUCCGCAUUCUCUUCCUCGCCUCUAAACAAGCGUUGCUUCCCCCCAUCAUCUCCUGAUGUCCAAGCCUUCCAAGCUUCAUUUCUCCAAACCAACAUCGACGACAAGGAUGACAAUUUCAUGCUCGUCGCAGAGGACGAUUCUAAAAUCGUCGGCUGGGCGCGCUGGGCACGUAGAGAAAACCCACCAUUGUCGGGAAAGCAGAUCGACCCUUCUACGUUUCCUGCUUCGGGAGACCAAGCGACCGCGGCGGAUUUCUUUCAGAGGAAUGCUGAUGAGACUUUCAAACACGUCGCUGGUGAGAGGCAUUGGUUCCUAAGCACGAUUGCCACUGCAAAAGAAGCACAGCGACGGGGCGUAGGAUCUGUGCUUAUGAGAUUCGGUGUUGAGAGAGCCGACCGAGAAGGUUGGAUGUCUUAUCUAAAUAGCUCUGGCGAAGGAAGGGGCCUGUAUGAGAAGUUUGGGUUCAAGGUCGUUGAAACAAGUGAGUUCCCUGAUCUGGGCAUGACGCAGUAUCAUAUGAAGAGAGAAGCAGUUCAGAAUUGAGUGUUUCAUGGGAACUACUUUGAACGAUUCGUAUUGCAUAACUGUAGAAAUUUGUAAGAUGAGAAGAAAUAGGAAAAUAACAUCUUGUUAACAUGAUAACCGACCA